CAGCUCCUCACAACGGUGAGCUAAUGUGCUGUGAGCGUAUACGUUAACAUUAUGUUUUGUUGUUAAGUUUCAACGAGACUAUACCCUAAUUUUACGUCCAAAAACGAAAAUUCAAUUUUUAAUUUUUUCGCCAAAAAAACAAAUUUUUGAAAUGAAUGAAGAAGAAACUACAAUUCAUCCGAUUGUAGUCGAUGCUAAACGUCAAAGAUUAAUUGAAAAAUUUUUAGAUUCAGGAAAAUGGCCACUCGAAUUGGAAGUAGAAUUUAUUGAAGCCCUGAAAAAUUGUCCAGCUCUUUGGGCAAAACAAUCCGAAUCAUUUAAAAAUCCAUUACUCAAAACAUCACAAUUGGAAAGAUUGGGACUUGAAUUUUCUGGUCUAUCAGAAUCAAACAUAGUAUCGAAAAUAAAAUUAUUAAAAGAUAAUUUUACUCGAGUUCAUAAACAAAUAGUAUCAUUGGAAAAUUCAAAUGAAGAUCAAACAGUGGUUGAAAAUAAAAUCAAAGCAUUGAAAACAAAAUGGCAUCAUUAUGAACGUUGUGAAUUUUUAGCCGAACAUAUUAAACAUCGUAAUCGAACAUCAAAAGAUGGAAAUAAUGAACAACAACAACAUAUUAAUAAUAAUAAUAUUAAUAAUUUACAAGAACAUUUACAACCAUCAUCAGGUUCAACAAAUAUGGUCAGUUGGUUUACAUCAUCGAUGACCUAUCCGGAAAGAUGGCAAGGUGCUGAAGAUAUACCAUUUAUUAAAUUUCAACCAACCGAAAAAAUGAGACAACAAAAAAAUCAAAGCCCAAUAAAAAAUCAAAGAUCAAGAUUAAUGCAACGACAAAAAGAAAUGGCUGAUUGUUAUAUGGAUGUUGAUUCAUUAGUCAAAACAAUGGAAAAACAGGAGGAAAGUUUAUUGAAACGUGAACAAAUGUUAAAAAAUGAACGUGAAAAAUUAUCAAUGAAUCCAUUAUUUAAUUAUAUACUUGGUAAAGAUCAUGUUUUAAAGAAAAUUAACCCGAAUAAAAUUGAUGAUCUUAAAUUUGAAUUGGAUGGUGUUAUUGAUCGUUAUGCACGUGAACAUCCAAAAUAAUGAAUUUUAAUUUUAAUUUUAUUUUUUGU